AUGUGCCAGUUCACAUCCUCCUGCAAAUGUGAUUCCGACCUCCCUUACCUUCUCUCGGUCCAACACUCGAAAGGUUCGUCCAAUAUUUACGAACCAUUCAUCCCUACCAGCCCAACAUAUAAGCAUGAAUCCAAGUGUUACUCAACGAUUCUCCCUCUUGCAAUCAAGGAAGCCAUUGCCAUUGCUAAUAUUGCUGUCCCUAUGAUACUAACAGGGCUCAUUUUAUAUUCCCGUUCCUUGAUUUCCAUGCUUUUCCUAGGCCGCCUCGGCGAGCUUGCCUUGGCGGGCGGUUCCCUCGCCCUUGGCUUUGCUAAUAUAACCGGCUACUCCAUUCUCUCCGGUCUUGCCAUGGGAAUGGAAUCAAUUUGCGGACAAGCGUUUGGUGCUAAACGAUACACGGUUCUUGGUAUCACGUUGCAGAGAACGGUGCUUUUGCUUCUGGUUUCAUCGCUGCCCAUUUCUAUUCUGUGGAUCAACAUGAGGAAAAUAUUGAUACUUUGUGGCCAGGACGAAACUAUAGCCAUGGAAGCACAAUGGUAUCUUGUUUAUUCUCUCCCUGACCUUUUAGUCCAAUCAUUUUUGCACCCGUUGAGGAUCUAUCUGCGAACACAAUCCAUAACUCUUCCUUUGACAUGUUGUGCCGUUUUAUCAAUUCUUCUCCACCUACCAAUCAAUUACCUUCUCGUAUCACACCUUAAACUAGGCAUCAAGGGAGUUGCUCUUAGCGGUGUUUGGACAAACUUCAACCUAGUGGCCUCAUUGAUAAUCUACAUCCUCUACUUCGGUGUCCACAAAAAGACAUGGGGAGGGUUGUCGGUCGAGUGCUUUAAAGAAGGAAAAUCGCUUUUGAAUUUGGCCAUCCCGAGCUGCAUUUCGGUCUGCCUGGAAUGGUGGUGGUACGAGAUCAUGAUUCUCUUAUGUGGCUUGCUCUUGAACCCCAGAGCCACAGUUGCUUCCAUGGGGAUUUUGAUUCAAACGACGGCGUUGAUCUACAUAUUCCCAUCUUCACUAAGCUUCAGCGUCUCGACGAGGGUCGGGAACGAGCUCGGUGCAAACCAGCCCAAAAAGGCCAAACUCGCCGCCUUCGUAGGCCUUUACUGUGGCUUCAUGCUGGGCUUAUCAGCGCUCGUUUUUGCUAUAAUGGUGAGAAACAUAUGGGCUAACAUGUUCACAGGUGACAAAGAGAUCGUUGCAUUAACGUCCCUCGUUUUGCCUAUAAUCGGGCUGUGCGAACUCGGGAACUGCCCGCAGACGACCGGGUGCGGGGUUUUAAGAGGCACAGCUAGGCCGAAAGAAGGCGCAAACAUAAACCUCGGUUGCUUUUACCUUGUUGGUAUGCCGGUGGCAGUGUGGCUAAGUUUCUUCGCCGGAUACGAUUUCAAAGGACUGUGGCUCGGAAUGUUGGCAGCUCAAGUCUCGUGUAUGGUCACCAUGUUACUGGUUCUGAUCAGAACAGAUUGGGAAUUCGAGGCCGAAAGAGCUAAGAAGCUGACCGGAGCUCAACUCGUCGUCGAUGACAGCAAAGAGAAUCAACAUCAAGCAGAUAUCAAGGAUGAUUCUUUUUCUUCAUUAGGUGAUUUGGAUCAUUAUUGCCUCGUUUAA